UUUUGUCAACAGUCGAGUCGUCAAUCUCGAGAGUUGUGAGUAGUAGUAGGUAGGUGGUACUCAAGAUAAAAAAUCGAAGAAUUCAACAAAGAUGGGACCAACUCUUUACAUGCUCCCCGCAAGUUGUCCUGUCAGAUCUGUUCUAAUGUGUGCUAAGGCCAUCGGGGUGGACCUGAAUUCCAUAAAGGUCGAUUUGUUAGCAGGAGAUCAUCUCAAGCCGGAAUUCCUCAAGAUGAAUCCUCAACAUACAGUUCCAGUUCUUGAUGAUGACGGUUUCAUUUUGGCUGAUAGUCAUGCCAUCAUGUCAUAUCUGGUGUCAAAAUAUGGCAAGGAUAAGUCUCUUUAUCCCACUGAUUUACAGCAAAGGGCCUUAGUAGACCAUCGAUUGCAUUUUGAUAGCAGCAUUCUUUUCGCAAGGGGACUCAUAGUUUCGUGGGGCGUACUUUUUGAAGGAGCCAAAGAAAUUCCUCAAAAGCUUCUGAACAACCUAUCUGAAGCCUUCCACAUGGUAGAGAAAUUCCUUCAGAAGACCAAGUAUGUUGCUGGAGAUCAGAUGACCAUUGCAGACAUCAGCUUUGUGACCAGCAUCACCACUUGGAAUCCGUACAUGCCGCUUCCAGAAGCGCAAUUUCCCAAGAUCACGGCUUGGUUGAAGAAAAUGAAGGAACUACCGUACUACAGUGAGAAUCAGAUUGGGUUGGAUCAGUUCUUGCAGGUUUUGAAAACAAAGAUUCAAAAUGAACAUGGUCUCAAUAAAUGUAUCAAUGUGGCUACCUAAGAUUUCUCAACCUAUUAUAUCAAUAUACCUCUAAGUACAAACAAUAUAACUGCUUGAUUUUUUCUA